AUGUUACGGAUGAGUGACAACCUUCCUAGGGGCGCGCGAUGGGCAUGUGCAAAGGUGCCAUUCAAAGGUGCCAAUAAACUCGAUAAUACUGAGAUUCCAUAUUCACCUAUUUUGUUAACGGCCGAGGAGAGGAAUGCCUCUUAUAUGGCGGGCAUCGACAGAGAUUUAUCUUCAAAUAUUCAAUACAUUCACCGUGAUCAGUGGGUGAGCAACUGUCAACCAUUGUCGGCCAAAAAGCAUGGACGAGGGUUGAAGACAAUGCGACUCUCAAAGAAGGCCCAUUCUGCAAACAAUCUGGAUAUUUCUGAAGAAGAUGAAGAUAUUCCGCCAGCAAAAAGAAGAGCGCAUGUUGUGCCGGAAAGACCACAUUCAGUUGCAUUUGAAAGAGCAACUGGAUCAUGUACCGGUGUUGAUGAGGCGAAGAUUGAAGAUGUUGUAUCGAAAAAAAUUGAAGAGGCUUUUGCUAGGAUGUUCCCUAGGUUUGUUGACGCUGCGGUUACCGAGGUGAUUAAACGAUUAGAUGAUUAUCUAAUCGUUCGAAGCACGGCCCGUCCCGGAUCUGAGGAUUUGGAGACCGUGAAGGAUGAUUUGGGGAUGGAUGAUUUGGGGAAGGGAGAAGCAUGGAGGCAAGAAAGAGACGAUUCGAACAAAAAGUCUGAUUUUGUAGUUGAGCCCGGUGAUCAUGGUGUUUCACGUGAGGAUGUUGAGGAUGUUGUGGAUGAGAAUGAAGGUAUUGCCAAAGUUGGCCCCUCACAGGCUGUAGCUACUAUGAAUCCAAAGCCGACAGAAGGAGGUGGAUUCACGGAUGGUCGAAAAUUACGCGUUAAGUUGAAAAAUAGCAAGUUUUCCUCACCAUUCGUUGACUACCGGGAGAAGAAAACUGAGAAGCAAUUAAAGACGAAAUACGAAAAUUGGAAGAAGAAGAGAUCUCAAAUGUUAGACGUUGGGAUAACACCUACUUGGUAUCAGGGGCCAAAAUAUUUUAAAACAAUUGAGGAUGUCAGGAAAAUGCUUUCUAAUGAACAUAUCGAUCCGUUUUUGGACGUGCUUUCUCGGAGGUUGUACAGUGGGGUCAAAUUGAAGUCGGGAGUAUCUGCUUCAAGAAUAAACAUUCAGGAUUGCGCUCUAUUUCGCUUGUUGUCGAAUGAAUGGAAAGUGCUUCAUCCCGACGAUCCUCAAUGUACGCAGAGCUAUCCAAACGAUGCAAAUUAUGAGAGAUGGGAUGUUCCUCCGGUUCUGGUCAAUUAUGUUCGUGGUACUGCUAUUCGUUGGGGAUCUCCUUGGCAUACAAAUCCCGAUCAUUGGGUGGUGUGUCGGGUACGGUUAUUGGACUGGGAGAUCGAACUUUACGACUCCUUUAGCCACAUUUCAUCAUCGAAGGCGGGAAAUGACCGAGAGCUUAUGUUGACCCCUCUCCGACGACUACUUCCCACACUACUUCACCGGUCCGGUUACUUUGGUGCUAUGAAUCUUCCGCCCAAGUUAGAUGCCUUACCGAUUAAGAGAAUGUCGAGUGAAGUUCAGUUUGUUCAAGAGGAUAUCCAUAAUUGUGGUGUAUUUGCUUGCAUGUACGUUGAACGCAUGCUUGGCGAGAACAUUCCCCGGGAGUUGGACAUAAGUUUAUAUAGACAGAAAAUGGCAUUAGCAAUUUUUGCUCAUGACAGUUGUGGUCUAUUGGAUACUUUGGCUUGCAGUGGUUAUACUUUGGCAAUUGUGGUCAAAGGUAUGUGCUUCUCCGCGACUCGCGGAAAAAUCCCGCGAGUCGCGACCCUGGGAAUCCUGUAUGCCGGAGGACUCUGUUGUUCACCGCGACUCGCGGAAAAAUUCCGCGAGUCGCGACCCUGGGAAUCCUGUAUGCCUGAGGGCUCUGUUGUUCACCGCGACUCGCGGAAAAUUCCCGCGAGUCGCGACCCUGGGAAUCCUGUAUGCCGGAGGGCUCUGUUGUUCACCGCGACUCGCGGGAAAAUUCCCGCGAGUCGCGACCCUGAGAUUCUUGAAGACUAUUGGGCUCAGAGAACGAUUCGCCGGAUACAACUCGGGUCGCCGAAAACAGGACGUGGCUCAGUUGGGUUCGUCGUCACGGCUGGCUGGAGGUCAGAGCUCGGAGAUUGCGGGUCGUCGUCGGAGGUUGACGCUCGCAAUCGCCGGUGGAAAGUGAGCCAUCGGGAGAAAAUCGGCGUGAAAGUGAGAGUGAAAAGUGAAAUCGAUUUUGCCCUAGUCGCGUUACUUAAAAUUGACUGCCGCGACUCGCGACUUUGA